AUGCUGAAGUGUUUUUACAUAUUGAUUUGGAUAGCAGUUUUCAAGUUGUCUUUUUGUCAACAAAGAACGGGCCAUGAAAGUGUGGCUGGAAAGAAUUACCUGGUGUAUUUUGUGAAAUCUCCGUAUACAAAAAUAGAUGACAAAUCAUGGAUUUGCGCCGGGGCAAUCGUCACGCCUACGCAAAUUCUGACGGCAGCAUCUUGCCUGACCGAGAUGCAGAAAAUAUAUGCUAUAGCCGGAUAUAAGAAAUACGUAAAUGGUGUAGAUAUCGAUAAAGAUAAUUGCACAAGCCGUUAUAAGAAGAAGGUCGUCAAGAUUUCCGUUCCAAAAGAAUAUACUAUAGAUGCCACUGCGAAACAACCUGAUUGGAUCAGCAUAGACAUUGGAAUCGCGCAUGUUCAGGAACCGUAUAGGUUCUCCGACAUGUCCUACCGAAUGUAUUGCUCUUAUGUACCUCAGAGUAUUAUAAUUAACUUUGAAAAAAAUAAUAUGUUUGAAAUAAAUCAAGCCGUGGCACUUGGCUGGGGAGGGAAGCAAGAUGAGUCAUCUAAAGACAUAUUUCUGCAAGAAGCAAACACGACUAUAAUAGAGAAAAGGAUGUGCUCAAAUCUUGUAUCUCGUCCCGAAUCCAUGGAGCUUAUAGAAAAAUAUAUGUUGUGUGCAUCAGGCGAAGGACAGGAAGCAGAAGAUGGUUUAGGGACAACGGCAGUUUCCGUUUCGGAUGACUGUCCUCCCGACAGUAGUGAUCCCAUAUGCUUCGAUGAUUUUAAGUUUAGGAGACUGGGCAUCAACUCAACCAACCUAAGAGAGAUUAUUUCAAGAAGGUCAACUGUAAAAUCGUGUCAGUAUGAUCAUGGUGGCCCACUUAUUUCAUGGAUUGGUACACAAGAGGUCAUAUUGGGAGUGGCAUUGAAUGGCGUGGCUAAGGCAGGCUUUCACUGCACUGGUCCCCGCAUGUAUGUUAGUACAGCAGAAACAGAGACCAUAAUAAAAUGCUUAUUAGAGCAAAACGAAAUGAGACGGAAUACCUGCAAUGGCAAAAUAGAAGACCAAAAGUAUCAAGUCGUGGACAUAGUUAUUAAGUGGCCCGAAGAUGUGGCAUUUAAUUUAUCAACGUUACUAACCAAACAAAAAGGCUCUUUAUUUCUGAGAAAACGAAAUGAGGAACAACCUUUGCAAGUGCGGCCUACUAAAGACCUGGUUAAGAAUGGAGAUCAAGGAAACCCAAGCCAGCUACGAGAGCCGGUAUAUAACCAAAAUGACCAAAAGCCUGCAGACUCAUUCUACCUUAAUCCAGCUAUGGACCAAGGACAAGAAGCGCCAAGCGCACAAUAUGGAAAUCAACAAGGACAAAUGCAGCAAUCACCAACUGAUCUGCAAAAUCAACCGGUAGCGGACCCAUAUAAUCAAGCACAAGUGGGGUCCUUCAAUCAACCACAAGCUGAUGCUUAUAAUCAACAAAUUGCACCCUACAAUCCACCUAAAGUGGACACGUUUGCUCAACAAAAUGACCCUUAUGGCCAAUCACAAUCAUUCAAUCAACCACAAAUGGAAUCGUUUAAUCAACAACCAGCUGAUCCUUAUAAUCCACAACCAAUGGAUUCGUUUAAUCCGCCAUCGAUGGACUCAUAUAAUCAAAAUCCGAUGGAAACACAAAAUCAACCUCCGGUAGAUUUAAAUAAUCAACCACAAUACCAAAGCCAGUCCUCUUUUAAUCCACCUCAAGAUUUUUACAAUCAACCAGAUGCACAGAAACCACCACAAGUCGAUUCAUAUAAUCAACAACAGACAGCUUCAUUUAAACCAGCGCUAGGAAAUGGAAAUAUUAAACCAGAAAUGGACGCAUACAAGCAAGCACAAAGGGAUUUGUAUAGCCAUGGUAAUCAGCCACAAACGCAAUUUAAACAACCACAAGCAGAAUCAGAGCCAAAAAUAGAACCUUUCAGUCAAACAAAAAAUUCAUUUCAGGACCCAUCUAUUCAAUCACCGUUCAAUAACCCUGACAUAGAACCUUUUAAACAAACUGCUGCAUCUGACGCGUAUAACCCGCUAUCAAUCAUAUCAGAAAACCAACCUGAUGAACUCGAUCCGUUUAAAAUUCCAGUGGAUGAACCAUUCAAAGCCUCACCUGUGGAACCGUAUAAACACCCAAGUUCCGAUUCUUCUUAUAAGAAGCAAGAACCAUUCAAGCCCGCACCUGUGGAACCCUACGGACAGCCAAAUGUGCAUCAAGUUGAUUCUGGACGGCCUUUUGACCAAACGCAUGUGCAGCCCGGAGAACAACAACACGUGGAACCAUUUGGCCAGUCGCAAAUGCAGGAAACUUCGACAACAACCGAUCCGAGUCAAUCUCGCAGUUUUCUUCGUUACCAGCAGCAGGGAAGCGACAUGCGUAUGGAACAAGAUCCCUCUCAAGAUAAUUCACAAACUUUCGAGCAAAUGUAUUCACAACUUCAUGCGGGAGGAUCGUCAUCAUUCUCUAAUAAUGCACCAGUAACCGAGCAAACCUUUGAGGAAAUGUACAAGACUCUUCACGAUGAUGGGUCUCAAGACGCAGAAAGGGAGCCGAAAGGAGAGCAAUCAUUUGACAUGAAAAAUGCUGACCAGCCAACGUAUCAAGAAGACUUUAAUCAGCCUACGAUGGAGCAGCCCUCGGCUAGUCAACCCGAAAGACAGUUUGGUCAGCCCUCGUCUGAUCGACCCCAGUAUGGUCAGCCUUCGUUUAAUGAACCACAGAUUGGUCAGCUCCCACUUAAUAUACCUCAGUUUGAUCAGCCCACAUUGAAUCAACCUGCGGUUGACCAACAAUCAUUUCAAAACAAACAACCUGAACAACAAUAUGAUCGAAAUAGCAACGUGCCUCAAGCAGCCGAAGAACGCGGUGAAGUCAAGGUUCGACCCCAAAUGCCUUUGGAAUACCCAGAUUACAUGACUUAUAAUAACCAACCGAACCAAAGAAGGAAGGAUAUUUAAAAAAUAUAAGAACUCGUUUGAAAAUAGUGCUCCUAGUAGUAGUUUCAUAAUAUGGUUAGGUACGGACGGAAUCCUUUCAAAAUGUAACAGUUGAUUUGUAAAUAA